CCAUGGCUGUGACUGGAGGUGACACAGGGACAACCCCAGUGGCUGCAGCUGCCUUCCCACGCACCCAGCAGGACCAUGGGCCAUGGCAAGCAGAGCCCAGGGAGCAGAGGGAGAGGACAGGAGAGGUUAGGAAAACACCCAUUAAACCACAAUAACAUUUAAUGACCUGAUCGGAGGAGAGUAAAUUACCCCUUUAAAAUCCAGUCACCAAGAAAAAGCAAAUGACAUCCAGGGAUAUGAAUUAACUGAGAUAUUGGGGUGGGGGGGAGAAGGGGGGCAAAGCACUUGUAGGGCAGCACACGGACACAGGGCUGCUAUCUGAGCACUCACGUUUCCCACAGCCCCAUUUCCCAUGGGAUGCACCCAGCUGGGAGCAGGGCUGGGCGCACUGAUGGCAGCACAGCGGGGCUGGUGUGGGGCCAGGAACUGCUCUGCUAGGGUGCAGAACAGCCUCUCUCCAGGAGAGAACAGGUUGGGUAACCCCACAGCUCUGCAAUCAGAGGAACGAGCUCAAUGGAUACGAGCUGGGAUUCUAUGAGCACUUGGGAAGCCGGGUGCAAGCAAUGAGUUUAAUUAAACCAGGGCAAUCACAUCAAAGCUGGUCCCUGCGCAGAUACCUUUCUUAAACGGCAGGAAUUAAUUAAUGAGUUUGAGUUAAACAUGUUCCCUCCUUAUUGGAGUGCAGCCUGAGCGUAUUGGAGGUGCUGGCAGAUUUGGGAACAGUUUGGCUGCUGUGGAGCAGUGACUCCUCUGCCACACCUGGGGUCUCAGAGCUCUCAGGAGGAAUAAAGCGUGGCAGCCCCCUGAGGUUGGGGUUCUUCUGCUGUGUGUGGGGCUGUGCUUAUGGGAUGCUGCUGUCUGGAGGGGGGUGUCUGUAGAUCUCCUCCCCUUUGAAGCUUCCUCUGUGGUUUCCUGGUGCCUUGGAGGAUGGCAGAAGUGGGGCUGGUCCUGCUUUAAGUCCAGCUGUAGUGGUGAAGCACUGAGGAUUGGAGCUGCUUGGUGAGCCCAGCUGGGCCGGGCCACAGUACAGGUGGGACCCACAGCUCCCCUGGUGUGUGGCUGUGUCUGCUUGCAGGUAAAAAGCCUCAUUUGGGCUAUAAAGCAGCUUCUUAUGGCCAAGCUGCACCUUUGGGAUGUUCAUGAAAAACUUGCCUGUGUUUUCCCCUCCAACUCAAUAGGAUGCUGUCUCAAUGCGUUCUGCAGCAGUGCUGAUGUUAAGAAAUCAUUUCAGGUGAAGCCCUGACACUGCUGAAGUCAAUGGCCCAGUUCCCUCAGUGCUGGUGUAACCGAGACCCUCUGUAGUCCUUCCCAAAAGCUGCUUUGGUGCUCGAGCUUUUCAGCCGUGCCUUGCAGGGAAGCUUUUGUUUCCCUUUGGAAAGCAUUUUCCUUCACUUUUAGCUUAGUGAUUUGGUUCCUUGAAAGCAGGCAGGAAGCCAUUGAGAAAUGUUCCCCUUUUAUUUCCAGAUAAGUUUAAUUUUCAUCUCUGUAGGAUGAGGAACUGUAUGGAGCACCUGCAGCUGGUGUCCAUCAGAGCAGCAAGCGAAUCAAAUGGGGGGAAUUUCAGCUCUGCCUGACAUCCUCCCAUCCUGAGCCUGCAAUAUCAGGUUGGGUUGAUGCGAGGAGCAAAGCUCCUCUGUGCUUUAAGGCUGCAUGGGAAGGGCUCAGCAUGGCCCCUGCAGCUCUGCUCUCCCAGGGGGUGAGGAAUAACUUCAGUAAAGCAGCUGAUGUCCCUGGGGCUGUUCCCCCUGUGCUGCCCUCCAGUAAGUUAAGCAGUGCUCCUUUCCCUGCAGCUCUGUGCACAAAUGCACCCUUUGCUGGUUAGCUGAAGCCCUGUGCCAGGUCUUUCUCUCGCUGCUCCCGUGCAUCAGCUGCUUUUCCUACUGGGGGUGGAAAAUGCCUCGUGGGGUUUUUCCUUGUGUGGAGGGAGGAGCAUCCUUGGGGUCCUGUGGAUGUUCUCCUGGUUACAGCAGAGAUGGAAACCUCGGAGCCCCAUGGCCCCAUGCCCUGAGAUCACCUUCGUCUGGCUGAUGUGGCCCCUUUAGAAGUGACGCUGUACCCCAAAGUCCCUCCUCUGGGGACUUAUGAGCACUUAGGAUGCCCGGAAAGGGGAUUUAUUCCUUGUGGCUCCUUGCCAGGGGCCGGGCUGCUGCCUCCUGACCCCGUAAGGCUGCCCCUGGUGACGCAGCCCCAGGGCCUGGCAUGGGAAAAGACGUCAAGGCUGGGAGAAAUGGGGCCAUGGCAGAUGAGGUGCCGCCGGGUUCAGCCCUCCCCUGGUUCCGAACGCUGCAACCCAAAGCCCUGAGGAGUUCGGGGUGGAGGAGGCUGUGAAGCCCCAGGUUUGGAGGUGAGGUGGUGGGGGGGACCCUCCUUGUGCCCCCCAGCUUCUGUGUCCCCAGGUGAAGGUGCCAGCAGUGCCCUGAGCAAAUCCUGGCAGCAGUGGGAGCACACCGGUGUGUUUGUGUAGCUGUGGGCUUCAAGGAAGGGGCAAGUGUGUCAUCAGGUUUCUUCUGAGAACAUUUUUAUUGCUGCUGCAGUCAUUUCCCACCGAGGUUCCCUGGGUCCUGAGGUCAAGUGCUGGGCUUGGAGCCACGGGGCUCAAUCCAGCAGCCAUCCUCCAUGCACCAGGGCUGGGUGCUGAGGAGGGAACUGCAGCAACAAGAGCUGGGAGCCAGCAGCACAACUUGUGUGAACAAAUCCUUUGCUGCUGCAGUUCUUGAGCAGUUCAGCUUGCUGUCUGCAUCACCUGUGCGUCCCCACCGUGUGCUGCUUGGGCACCAUGAGCUGUGCUCCUGCACACUGCAGUGAUCACAUUGUGCCUGGCCAGGCUGUAGCUGCUUAUACAACUGCAACGAGCUCAGCUGUUCUGUGCACAAGUCUCUGCUCCCUCACUGGGGUGAGAAAACGAGGGGGAGACUUUUCCUUAUGCUCAGAGCAGCCCCUAUGAGGACAGCAGCAUUUGGUAGGUUUAUGGCCAAGGAGCUGCGUUUGCCAUUUCCACCCUCAAUCCUAGAGGAAAUCCCCAUUCCUCUAUUCCCCUCUUUCUCUGCUCCUGAGCAGCACAGCUCGACCAGACCUGAGCCACCGCCCCGUGUGUCCCCACCACUGUCCAUCUCUCCUCCCUGGUGGCAGCAGGCAUUUGGCCCAUGCCCUACAUGCAGUGUGCUGUUAGUGCUCAGAGCUGACACAGCAAUGCCAUCAACUGCAGAGAAUGAAGUUUAUCAGCUCCCAGCUAUCCACAGCUGCCCUUGUUAACCCUGAUAAUUGGCUGUGCCCACCUACAAUCAUGCUGCCCUCAGCCAACUGGGAGGAGAAACCCACAGGGAGGCAGAAAGCCAGCCUAUAAAACAUCCUCUCCUUGGGGAUGUGGAGAAGUCUCUGGUGAAGGAGGAAGCUGCGCUGGGAGCACGAGAUGCUGGCAGGAGGCAGCAGGAGGCUGCAGCAGUGUCUGCUCGUCGUGGCCAUUGCAUGGAGUGCCGGCUUCUUCCACUCACCAGCCCUGGCUUUGCAGAGGAUCGCUCUGCGGAGGAUGCCUUCCAUCCGGCAGACGCUGCAGGAGAUGGGCGUGAAGGUGGCCGACGUGUUUCCCGAGCUGCGGCAAAGGCGAGGCGGGGCGGGCGGCCCCCAAAACGGAACGGCUCCCACCCUCCUCACCAACUACCUGGAUGUGAGCCCCUCCCCCACGCACGGAAUACGCAGUAUUACGGUGAGAUCAGCAUCGGCACCCCCCCGCAGACCUUCAAGGUGGUCUUUGACACGGGCUCAGCCAACCUGUGGGUGCCGUCCUGCAAGUGCUCCCCACUCUACAGUGCCUGCAUUUCCCACAGCCGCUAUGACUCCUCCAAGUCACGGACAUACAUAGCCAAUGGUACAGGCUUCUCCAUCCGCUACGGGACAGGCAGUGUCAAAGGCUUCCUCAGCCAGGAUGUGGUCAUGGUAUCGGACAUCCCCAUCAUCCAGGUCUUCGCUGAGGCCACCGUGCUGCCUGCGUUCCCCUUCAUCUUUGCCAGAUCCUCAAGGAGGACGUGUUCUCUGUCUACUACAACCGAGCAUCAAAGUAAGAAGAUGAAAAGCGUGAGCUCUCUGGAGGCAGCACCCACUGCCAGCACCACAGACCCCAGUGCUGGCUCCUAUGAGCUCCAGCCCUGGGCUCUGCCCUCACCUGUCCUCAGCACCAACCUGCCCCAAUCCUCACCCCUGUGGUCUCACAUCUCCCUCACUAAACCAGGAUGGCUCCUGCUUUGCCACUGCUCACCAGGCUGCCAGCACUGCAUGCUCCCUGCCCCAGGAACUCCAAGUGAAGGAGGGUCACCCCGCUGUGCUUUGCACCCUAGGAAUUCUCCUUUGAAACCCGGUGGGGAAAUCAUCCUGGGGGGCACCGACCCAGCCUACUACACUGGGGACUUCCACUACCUGAGCAUCAGCAGGAACGGGUACUGGCAGAUCAGCAUGAAGGGGGUGUCUGUAGGGGCUGAAAUCUUGUUCUGCAAGGAGGGCUGCUCAGUGGCCAUUGACACCGGAGCAUCCUACAUCACUGGCCCAGCCGGCCCUGUGUCCGUGCUGAUGAAAGCCAUUGGAGCAGCAGAGAUGACUGAAGGAGAGUACGUGGUUGACUGUGAGAAGGUCCCCCAGCUGCCCAACAUCUCCUUCCACCUGGGUGGGAAGGCGUACACGCUCAGUGGCUCAGCCUACGUCCUCAGGCAAACCCAGUACGGGGAGGACAUCUGCGUGGUGGCUCUCUCAGGGCUGGACGUCCCACCCCCGGCUGGACCCCUCUGGAUCCUGGGUGCCAGCUUCAUCGGGCACUACUACACCAAAUUCGACCGUCGCAACAACCGCAUCGGCUUCGCCACCGCCCGCUGACCGCCGGGGGGGGCUGGGAGGCAGCUGGGAAGCAGGGAGCAUCGCCGGGGAGAGAGCGAUUCGACACGCAAACGAGAGCAGCGCUUCCUUAAAGCACAGCCACCUCCUCUCUGCACUGAAGCAACUGCAAAUCCUCGCGUUCUCCCACUCCAAAACCCCCGCUCUGCUUCCCGAGAGCCUCCGCUGCCACGGGGGGGAGAGCGGAGCCCGGGAGCAUCGCGCUGAGGAAUCAAAGUGGGAUCCUGCAGCUGGAGCUGCACCUCCGGGGGCUUUGCAGGGUGAUGAGCGUUGCUGCUGGCUGGGGCAGAGGAGCUUUGCAGGUUGCAGACGCUGUGGAUUGAUGUUUGGUUGCUGUUCUUAGAUGGGAGGCAAAUUAAUUGGUGUCAUUAGGCUGCUUACAGCGAUGGUUCUUUCAGCUGCUGUUAACCCUGCCCCUCUCUGCAAUUUAAUAUUAAACAACCCCAGAGCAGUAGGAAGCUGAGCGUUCUGUGAGGAGGGAGAAAUGAGGAAAAGUUCCCUUACGGGAACGGGGGAAGAAUUGUUCUCUGCUGGGAUCCACCGCUGUGCUUUAAGCAGGCAGCGCUGCAGGCUGCUCUUCCCUGUUGUGUCAGAGAGCUGAGAACCAGCUGCAAAUCUGAGCCCAUCCCAAAGCCAAGCAGUUGGCAACGCUCUCAUCUCCCCCUGGUUGUGAGCACAGCUGAGCCCUGGGAACACACCUGUAACGAGCACAGCACCGUGCUGCAGGAGCUUCUCCUCCUCACCCUGCCACCAGCAAUGGCUGCUGAUUUCCCAGAGUGAAUCCUGGCGAUGGUUGGGAGCAAUUCUCCUUCCAGCACAGCAUGGGAUGCUGCCAGCCAGGCUGCAGCCUUGCCGGCCUCCUUUCCUGCAAGGCCCAGGCUCUGAGCAGUGGCCAAGCUGCCAGUUUUUGCCCUUGGCAGGGUGUUGGGCAGCGUGUAGCCAAGCUUGAGUAUUUAAACCUCUUAGCAUCAAGCUGUGCAUCCCUGGGAUGGGAGAGGCACCCUGGGUGCUCCUCACUGCUUUCCAUCCCCUUCUGCAUCACUGUGAGGCUGGGAGAAGGGUGAGGAUGGCUCUCUGGGGGAGGGGGGGGCAGAUGGAAGUGACCCCCCUCCCCACCCGCUCUCACCCGGUGCUUCCUGAGCACUGUCACAGCAUUCAGCUGCUCUGCAGCACAGGAAGCCCAGGGAAUGGGGAGAGGCAGCCGCGGGGGGGAGGGUCUACACGGAUCAGCUCUGGAUCCACAGCCUUACAGCCACAGGGAGAUGCUUGAAAGCUGUGGGGCCAAUCUGAGACAGGAUGCACCUUUGGGUCUGGUUCUGCUCCUUUUCAGCGCAGUCGCUCAGAGCAGCGGGAGAGAAAAACGUUUGGGCUGCUGCUGGCCCUUCAGCCUGCCCAUUAGCACCUCUAAUAGCCUGUGCCAGGGCCAUUUCCUGGUGCCUGCUGUGCAGAGCUGGCUGCAAGGCACUGCUAACCCGCAACUGCCCCGUAUUAACACUUGUGAUCGUUACAGGCGAGCAAUUAGGCCACGCUCGGCCCAGCAAAGAGACCGGAGCAAUUACGGCCAUCCUAUUAAAACUGACAGCGUUCGCUCUAUAUAUAGCAACGUAGGGAACUGGUUUAUUUUCUUCCCCUUCCUUGAACGAUUUUCCCCAAGUCUCCAUGGUCCAUUUAGUCGGCGGCAGCCGCAGCCAGCUGUAAACUUUGGAGGGGGCAUUCUGUGCUCGGAGCCGUUGUUAUUUCCUAUGAUAAUGAACUGAGGCUGCUGUGGUGUCAGGGGGGCCGGCGGGUGGGUGAUGCUCUGUCUUUAACCACUCAACCUCUCUGCAGCUCGCCUGUAAAUCCCAGUUGGUGGGAGGUGAGUGUAUUGCCUGGGUCCGGAGGGGACAGCACAGAAAACUGGUGGAGAUUUUAAGAUUGUAGAAUAGGAUUUUUUUAUUUGGAAGGGUCCCAGAUGUCAGCUUUUGGAUUGGAUGGGACCCACUGAGUGCAGCUCCUGGUGGAGAUGAUAGAAUUACAGAAUAUCUUGAUUUGAAAGGCACACAGACAAAUCGCCGAGUCCAACUUUUGAGCUGGAAAAGACUGCCUGGAUCCAACUCCUGGCUGUGCAUCACCAAUCCCCGAACCGUAGGAUGCCACCCAUUACCUCAGGGCACAACCU